CUCUCUUUCUCUUUCGCAGAAGCCGUGCUAACGCGCCAAGGCUCUGCACAAUCAAUCUCCUUUCAUCCCAAUCCUUCCUUCAUUCUUCCUCUCUUCAGGAAUUUUCCACUAAUUUUUUUAUUUCAUAAUUCUUCGUAGAAGCUGAGGAUUGUUUCGAUCUCUUUGGAAUCCUGUUUUUUCUUUUUCUUAUUGGAGGUUUCCGAAUGGCUGACGGGGUUGAUCAUAAUCGGUCGGAUUGUCCGGAGACAUCGACGGAUUUAGUGUUUUCUCUGUUUCAGAAGAGGGUGGAAUAUGUUCCAGCUAGAAGGACUUUCAAGGGGUUUGAUAACGGCGGCGGUGAUUUUGAGCUAACGACGCUAAACCCCAGUAGCUCGUUUGGUCAGAAAUCUGGUUCUAAUGUGGAUCAUCCAGCUCAGAAGGGGAAGAAAUUAGAUGGGUCUGAGCUUUUGGAGAAUGGGUUGGACCCUGAGCUCAGUUUCGAGAUCACCUUUCGCCGAAUUGGUGCUGGCUUGCAAAACCUUGGGAACACCUGUUUUCUCAACUCAGUCUUGCAGUGUUUGACAUAUACAGAGCCUCUGGCUGCAUAUCUUCAAAGCGGGAAGCAUCAAAAUUCUUGUCAUGUAGCUGGAUUCUGUGCUCUAUGUGCCAUCCAGAAGCAUGUCAGCCGAGCUUUGCAGUCAAGUGGGAGAAUAUUAGCACCAAAGGAUCUUGUUUCUAAUUUGCGGUGUAUAUCUCGAAACUUCAGAAAUGCUAGACAAGAAGAUGCUCAUGAGUACAUGGUAAACUUGCUGGAAUCGAUGCAUAAGUGUUGCUUGCCUCUAGGCCUGCCAAGUGAAUCUCCUAGUGCCUAUGAGAAGAGUUUGGUACACAAGAUUUUUGGUGGUCGCCUCCGAAGUCAGGUCAAAUGCAUGCAAUGUUCUUUUUGCUCCAACAAAUUUGAUCCAUUUUUAGAUCUAAGUCUGGACAUAGUGAAGGCUGAUUCUAUUUACAAAGCGUUUAAAAACUUCACCACUCCUGAGCUAUUGGACGGGGGGGAAAGGCAGUAUCAAUGUCAACAAUGCAAGCAAAAAGUUAAGGCUCUUAAGCAGUUCACAGUUCACAAGGCACCUUAUGUCUUAACUAUUCAUCUCAAACGAUUUCAGUCAUACAAUCUUGAAGAAAAGAUCCACAAAAAGAUUCAUUUUGGUCCUACGUUAGAUCUGGCACCUUUUGUCAGUGGUUCUUAUGCUGAUGGAGACUUGAAGUACACUCUUUAUGGGGUUCUGGUCCAUCAUGGUGGUAGCACCCGUAGUGGUCACUAUUAUUGUUAUGUUCGAACAUCCAGUGCAAUGUGGUAUGCCCUUGAUGACAAUCGGGUUUCACAUGUUGGUGACAGGACAGUUUAUGAGCAGCAGGCAUACAUGUUAUUUUAUGUACGGGACCGAAGAAAAGUUGUUCCAAAGAAGCCUGUUGAUGUUGUUUUGAAAGAUAAUAUGAAACCAUCUACCAAUUUAAACAGAACUGAUUCUAUUGUUAACCGAGGUUUGAAGGUCAACCAUGUACAAAAUUGUAAAAUUGAAAAAAAAUUAAAUGGCCUUUUCAAUGAUGAAUUGAUAAAAGAGUCAAAAGACUCAUCAAACGUUGGUCCAUCAAAAACAAUUCCAAAUGAAGCAUCUGCUCAGAUAGAUACUAAACUGGCAAGUAAAGAAUGCUUGGUACCUGAGACAGUAUCCAUGCCAAUAUCUUCUUCAAAGGAAGUCUCGCAACAGAAAACAUUUAACAAGAGUGUUAUUCCAAAGUCAAGUCCAGCAGUAAAUUUACCAACAUUACCCAGACGUAUGAACAAUAACUUACAUGUUAAUAGUUCUGAAAGCUCUUUGGCCAAAGCAGAUCAUAUAGAUAUCAACCCUGUCGACAGAGGCUUGGUUGUCUCAGUUUCUACUUCUCUCAAUCUAAUUGAUGCAAACACAUCUGCCAACACACAGGCUAAUGAUAAUGCCGCUUCAGUACAAGAGCCUGGCUGUAAAACGUUAGAAAUAUCUGAUCCUGUAACAUUACCAAAUCACCCAAUGCUGGAAAGUAGCAAGGUUCCUGUUUCAAGUCAAAUUUCUGUUGACAACUUGACUUCUGGGGAUGAUUCUAAUUGUAAAAGGAUGAUACCCGAUGAGUCAAAUAAAAUAUCAAGUUCAACUGUGGUAGAGGGACCUAUUCUCUCAAAAACUCAUGAUUCCAAGCAUGGCAGGAGAUUCAAAAGAAAACAUUUGAAGUACCAUUUGGGCAGCUUGCAUCUCAGCUCAAACAUUCUUUUCAAGGUAUCUUUAAGCCUGUGUAAGAAGAAGAAACAUAGAAGGAAAAAGUGCCAAUCUGCUGUCUCCAGAUGUCCAACUGGGGAAAGGUUGUUCAGUAGAGAUGACAUGUCAUCUGAUUUUGGCCCAUCUACAUCUGAGAAAUCCAAGUCUGUUUACUUAGUUUCAACUUGUAAGUCCAGAAAGAAGGCUAAGCAUGGUUCUAGAGAUAGUAAGGAUAAUUCUGCGAGGAAAGAAGAUCUUAAAGUGGAGUCACUAACUGAUAUAGUUGAUAAAGAAAGUGAAAAGAGGAGUACAGAGCCAAGUUCUGCGCUUACAACAACAAAUCAACUGAAUAGUAGCACUGACUCUAUCAUAGUGGCUAAUCACAAUGACUCUAUUGAGGCAAUUUGUCCAAAAGAUAGAAAAAUAAGUGCUAAUCAAGAUGGCUUGCAUCGUGUUCAUUCCAACGGUUUUCACAAUACAGUUGUUGAGAAGUGGGAUGGGAUAAAAAUGCCUUCUUCCGAGAAUGGGUUCACUGGUUUGGAGAAUACUAGCAUCGGCUAUGUUGCAGAUGAAUGGGAUGAAGAAUAUGAUCAAGGAAAGAGGAAGAAGAUCCGACAAUUUAAACACUCUUUUGGUGGACCGAAUCCUUUCCAAGAGAUUGCUACCAAGAAAUCACAGUCAAAGAAGCUAAAGCUGGAAAGAUCUGGAUCUGCAAUCGAACCAUUUAGGAUAUAAAGAAAUCAGGACGUGCCCACAAGCUGUAAGUUCUUUACUUGACCGACUACUUGGGGGUACUUCUACCAAUUUUGAUGUAGCAUUCUUCUUGGGCUCAAAUUGUUCAUUAACUGUUGUUAUUUCUCCCCAAGGAAAAGAGGGUAGAAUUUUAGAUCUUUUAUAUGAAUUCAACUCCCUGUUCUGGAGUACUACUUGAGAAUGAGAUGGAUAAUUGUAUAACUUGGAGACUAUUCUAUCAAGAGUCAGUAUGAGUUUCCUGUUUGCUUGUUUUCCAAAAUGAACUCUGAAAGUUUUAAAUUUUGAGGUA